GCGCCGAGCGGGCCAGACGGGUUGCAAAACAACGGAAUCUGCAGAGUGCACAUUGCAUUACACCGCGGGAGUCGGUACUACACCAAAAAACAAAAUUCGUUAUUUUUAGAAAUUCUGGACUAAAUUUAAGUUUGUGUUUUUGCAAGUUUUAUCGCAAGUUUUAUUCGAGCUGUUAACUAAAUAUAGUGUUAAUUUAUAGUUAAUAAUGUUUGUUGUGAUUGUUGAAGUGAUUUUUUAAAGUGUUUGUUUCCAAUUAUUUGAUUAACUCAUUGCUCGCCCCUCUUGUGUCACACGCAUCACACACGGUACCAGGCGAGAGAGCGAAAGAAGUUGUUGUGUAGCAUAAGGGGUAGAGAGAGCCGGACCAAGGUCUCUGCGUUUAGUUCGGGGGUUCGUUUUAUAUUAUAAUGCAUAGGGCCGCCGAGUCGCUAAAUCCACAUAGCUAUGGCAGAAGGGAAUGGUGAAGUAUCAGAAGAACCAAUGAAGAUUGAAACCGAAACCGAGAGAACCGAAGACUAUCAGAAACUGCUAGAGUAUGGCCUCGACGAAAAGGUGGCCGCCAAACUGGAUGAGAUUUACAAGACUGGUAAACUGGCGCACGUCGACCUGGACGAGCGGGCCCUCGACGCUCUCAAGGAGUUCCCGGUCGAUGGGGCGCUGAACGUCCUGGGCCAGUUCCUUGACUCGAACCUGGAACACGUGUCAAACAAGUCGGCAUACUUGUGCGGCGUGAUGAAGACCUACCGGCAGAAGAGCAGGGCCGGAGGUUCGAGUCAGGGAACCACCACUCCCGCGCCCGCCCCCGUCAAGGGCCCGGACGAGGAGAAGAUCAAGCAGAUACUGGACAGGACCGGGUACACGCUCGACGUUACCACAGGUCAAAGAAAGUAUGGCGGCCCGCCUCCUGGUUGGGAUGGCUCGCCCCCCGGGUCCGGUUGCGAAGUUUUUUGUGGGAAAAUUCCAAAGGACAUGUACGAAGACGAAUUAAUACCGCUUUUCGAAGACUGCGGUGUAAUCUGGGACCUUAGACUGAUGAUGGACCCGAUGACUGGCACAAAUAGGGGGUAUGCGUUUGUCACAUUUACUACGCGUGAUGCUGCUCAACUGGCCGUCCAAAAGCUAGAUAAUCACGAAAUCAAACCCGGCAAGACGCUGAAAAUAAACAUUAGUGUUCCGAACCUUCGGCUUUUCGUGGGCAACAUUCCAAAGUCUAAAGGCAAAGAGGAGAUUCUGGAAGAAUUUGGUAAAUUAACAGCCGGCCUAAUGGAGGUGAUAAUAUACAGUUCGCCCGACGACAAGAAGAAGAAUCGCGGCUUCUGCUUUCUCGAGUAUGAAUCGCACAAGGCCGCUUCGUUAGCGAAACGGCGCCUCGGCACCGGCCGGAUAAAAGUAUGGGGCUGUGAUAUUAUCGUGGAUUGGGCCGAUCCCCAAGAGGAACCCGACGAACAGACCAUGUCGAAGGUGAAGGUGCUGUAUGUUAGGAACCUUACGCAAGAGAUCAGCGAGGAAAAGCUCAAGGAGGUGUUCGAGGGAUACGGUAAGGUCGAGCGCGUGAAGAAAAUUAAGGACUACGCUUUUAUACACUUUGAGGAUAGAGACAAUGCUGUUAAGGCAAUGGAAGAACUAGAUGGAAAGGAAAUGGGGGGAUCAAAUAUAGAAGUGUCUUUAGCAAAGCCGCCGUCCGACAAGAAGAAAAAGGAGGAAAUCCUUCGGGCUCGAGAACGACGUAUGAUGCAGAUGAUGCAAGUUAGGGGAGGUAUGAUGCCGGGAACGAUGCCUCUGAGAGGACCACCAGGACAAGGUCCGCGAACCAGUGGCACGGGUGGAAUGCGGGGUCCAAUGAGCCGGGGAGAUUAUGAUUAUGAUUACGACUAUUACGGUUACGGGGACUAUAGAGGCGGAUACAGUGAUCCCUAUUAUGAUGAGUAUUACCGGUAUGAAGACUAUUAUUACGAUUAUGCGCCGGCUCCAACGCAACCUAGAGGGAGAGGCGGCCGGCAACCACAACCGGAACUGGAGGAUGGACGCACGUUGAGUUCGACCAGCGUGCACUACGACGUUAGCAGUGGAACACAGCAGGCUGGCCGUGGGCGUGGGGUGGUGGCACGUGGCCGGGCCGGUGGGCCCCCAGCCCGUGGGGCGGCGGCCAACAGAGCGGGCCGGGGCGGAGCGGCGGCCGGGGGCCGUGGGGCGGCACGCCAAACCGCUCGUGGAGCGGGCCGCGCCAAGGGAAGUUUACCAGCAGGUAAACGGAAGUUUGACGGGGGUCACCAGAACCAGGGGGAGACAAAGCGCAGAUACCAGAGCAACUGGGGAAGCCAGCCCCUUCCGCAACAGCCGCUGGGUGCCGACGUUAAUGGAGAGCAGGCGUGGUACCAGGACUCGUACGGCUCCUGGAGUUAAGUGAAAAACAAAAAGUAAAUUCGGACGUUGAAGCCCACAGUGGGACUGAGUGCGAGUGGCGCCCCUGGUGAAGGGGCGACUUAGGGCGGGCGCACUCUAAAUAUAUUUUUUUUGUUUCCCGUUGACUUGCCUGCCAUGGCGUGCGCCUUUGCCCUUCAUAACGGAACCCAAAAGCUAAUGGUGUCCCCAUUGAAAAAAAAACCUAUCUGCAUUCGUUUAUAUAUUUUUUUGUUAGUUUUGGUUAUUGUAAUAAUGUAGUUUGUUAAAUCGAAAUUGAUCAAUUGUACCUCUUUGUUUUUUCAUUAAUUGGUUGAUGAAAUUAAAAAAAAUUGUACGAAAUGUUGAAUUGUGAAGUUUUUUACUUUGUUCUCUUAUUGAAUUUUUCGAUUGGAUUAUUGUAAAUGUUAUUUGAAUGGUUUUUAUAUCGAAUUUGUUUGGGUGCGGCGUCCCCUUGAUUCUGAUGACACCGGCUAGACAGUUUACGAAACUGUGUCCGGCUUAACAAAAUAUAUAUAUAUAAAAUUUAAUAAAUCGUAAAUCGAACAGCAAAUUGCAAAUUGAUAAAGGGAGGGCGCGCCCGCUCGUUAGUCUUUUUGUUGAGGGGCCCGCGUGCGACCGCGUCGACGCCGCGUGGCGACCCCCCCGCUUUUUUUUGGGGGGGAGCGUCGCGACGCCGACAGUGUUGCGCGUCCCCUCGUGUUUUUAUUACUUAAUUGCAACCUCCUCGAUACCCCAGGUGUCACCAACACUGCAUAUCUUUGUUUUGUUUUUGUUUGUUUGAUUAAAUCAUAUAUUGAUAUUUGAUAAUAAUUAAAUACCUAGAUAGAUAGUCUGGAAAUUUGAACACGUGUUUGACCGGCGUGGUUUGGCAGUGGAGCACGUGAUUCGGGCAUUCGCCCCCUUUUUGCCGCCAAGCGGACGGGGGCGGAGGUCCCGGACCUCGUGCUGAGCAUGGAGGGACUGCGCUCGCUUCAUGCACACUAAAAUAUUUAAAAUAAAAUGAUAAAAAAAAAAAAUAAAAAAUAACAAUCUCAUCUCAUGAAACGAGUGACGUUUAUUUUGUAUAAUAUAAUUAUAUAUUUUAUUCUUGAAUGCAUUUUUGCAUUGUGAUGUAUUUUAGCAGUAAUUUAUAAGGAGUUCAAACAUAUACUUCUGUUUCUGGCACAGCAGCAUUUUUGAAUUAUGUUUUUCAAAACGGAAACCUACUGAGUUACUACUAGUGUCGAAAGUAUCUGUCAGACCGGCUCCGAACAGGAUAUUACAGCUAAAAAACACUCAUUAUUUGCAAUUGUCUCUAGGUUCAGCGAUUGGUUAUGUAAUUUUUCAUUAUAUAUCCGUAUACAUACAUAUUACAUGCAUAUCUUUAAUUAUUAAUUAUAAUUUUUUUUUGGUUUCUCAAUUGUUCCAUAAUUUGCUUCGCUUCCCUGGCAAGUCCCUUUCAGUACACAGUAACAAAGUUGUCUUUUUCUUUUUUUUUAAUAUACUUUUUGUUUAGUGUGACGUAGCUAAUAUUCAUUCAAUAUGUACUAUUACUAGAACUGUAUGCCUAAUAGUAACACAAACGCAAUUACAAAAAAAUAAUUUUUAAAACACCCACCAUACUACUGUAUUCUGACAAUAAGAAGUGCAAUCUAAUUGCAUUUCCUAUUGUGUGUAUUCUUUUGGUAACUUGCUCGGAGCUACCGAUAGCUUCGAACAAAGUAUUGUUAUGUAUAUCGUCUUUAAUAUGAGAGGACUGAUGAUUUAUAUGUCUCAAUAAACAGUUGUAUGUGUAUUACAAUUUUAAA